AUUUCUGUGAAGCAUCAGACAGAGAAGGAAAAGGCCAAUGUUGAAUUGCAGAACCAACAGGUUAACCCCAAACUUGUCAGUCAUUCAAAGGAAAAUAGGAAGGCGGGCAAGAGUUCUAAGAAAUGCUGUCGAUUUUCUGUUCAUGGUUGUGAUGCUGUGACUGAGGGGUGUUGGCAGCCUUUUGAUAAAAAGAUGGUUGAGAAAUCUUCAUAUAACAACUUGGCACCGGUGACAGAAGCAUCUUAUAGCAAUGUGAACACUACCAAUGGAGGAAAUCUUAGUUGUAAAAAUGUUGGAGGCAGGAAGCAUGGCCAUCAGAUGGAGAUUAAUGUUCAAGUUAAAAUGAAAGAAGCGGUUGAAACUUUCGUAAAUCAGAAGUUAACUGAUGGGGACAGCCUUUGUAGAAAUGAGGUAGACAACUGUUCUAACGAAUUUAUAGAUGCAUUGGAGGUUUUGAACUCCAACAAGCAACUAUUCAUGAAACUCCUACAAGACCCUAAUUCACUGUUAGUGAAACAUAUUCAAGAUUUACGGGAUUCUCAGGUGAAAAAACAACCUCGAUCUUCCUCCAAAGCUAAAACAUCACAGUGCCAGCCAAAAGGAGCAGAGGAGUGUGAAGGGUCAGCAGAUGCUCAAAUGUUCCUCCCUAAGGGAAGCGAUAUGCCCCGUCCUUCAAACACAACAGCAGUCUUGAUGUCUGGCAAACAAAAUUGUCCUGAUAAGGGGAAAAGUGUUAUGUCAACAUUCUUGUCUUUUGAACACAUGAAAGGACGUUCAAACACGCGAUGAAGGUGAAUAAAAAAGAGCAUCGCCAGAUGUUCCUAGAUGACAUUUGUAGAUCCCUGCAUGACUUUGCACAGUUCGAAGAUGGUGAUAAAGAAAAGAGCAGGCAGGAAAUUGAAAGAAUCUCUGCUAAUAAUGUUGGGAACAUGUCUGGAUCUUUCCAUGAGGCCAAUAGACAAGAAGAGAUAGACCAAACAUAUAACACUAUUUCAGGCAUUGGAAGCGAAGCUACCUCGUCCAGAGAGAGCUGUCACAGAACCUCAAAUCUGUUAACUGUAAGGCAUCUCAAUGAAAAUUUUCACCCUAAUAAACACCCUUCAGAUACGUCAAAUAGAGGAAAUGAAGAUUUCUUAAGGAAAUGGACACCGAGAACUUUGGAUAGUUUGAAGUCUUUGCCUGCAUAUGACUUGUUGCCUAGACUUACUCCACAAAGGGACAAGGGACAUGAGUUUGCAUAUCCACAAAUGAGAUUUUCACCAUACAAUAACUAUUCAACUGUUAAUGUAUACAAGUGGAGGGCUCCGAAAGAAAAGAACAUCUGCUUAAGUUCUCCCAUUAAUACUCUAGGCGUGCGGCCAGUGUCUGAUGACAAAAGGGCAGAAAACCAAUUGGAAGAUGCAAAGAAAAGUAUAUCUGGCAAUCAAACUUCUGUAUGUCCUGGGAAAGUGAUGGAAGGAAAUCAUGCUGUUAGGUGUGACAAAUGCAAAAGUAAUGCUUUAUAUGUAGCUUUGGAACCAAAUGGUGUGCAGAAUACCAGCAUGGCUCAAGAACUGAAGCAGUCAACGUCUUCAGAGAAAAUGAAUACUUUGAAUUCUCAAAAUUGAAUUCACCUUCGGGGGACCAAACAUCAUUUUCUUCAAUAGAUGUUUAUUCAUCAAGUCCUCCAUUUAUUCAAAGAGCAGAAAUCUCUGAUAGCAUGAGUGAUAAAGAAGAGCAGCCAAGUCCUGUAUCAGUUCUUGAACAGGUGUUUGUCGAAGAGAACACUAGCUCUCCUGGCUCUGUAUCCCUUGCAGCUGAGCUUCCAGUCGAAUCAUCUUGUAUAGAUAUUGAAGAAGACUAUGCAACUUCUCUCUUGGAAUGGCAGUUGGAUCCAAAGAAUAAUGCAGGUACUUCUGAGGACAAGAAAGGAUCUUUGUCUGAAUGCAUAAGAGAAGUACUGCAAGUUUCUGGUCUCAAUUGGGAUGAACUCUCCAGGAGAUGGCAUAUUUCAGACCAAAUGCUCGACACAUCCUUGUUUGACAAUGUUGAAGUAUGGCCAAAGAAGUCCCGUACCGAUCGGAGGCUGCUUUCUGGCUACAUAAGUGAAGUCCUUUUGGAGAUAUAUCAAUGUUAUUUUAGAUGCUCCCCUUGGAUAUCGCUUCUCAACCUACAACCUAAGCCAGCUAUGUUAUCAAAAAAUAUGGUCCAUGAAGUACUGAGACAUGUUGACUGGCUCCUCCUCUCAAACCUGCCCCAACAAACAUUACAGCAACUUGUUGAAAAGGAUUUGUGCAAAUCCGGAACCUGGAUCGAUAUCCGACUCGAUACUGAGGAAGCUGUUACAGAGUUAGUAGACGGCAUUCUAGAGGAUUUGGUAGUUGACGCUGCUAUUUUCAACUCGUAGCAUAAGCAGUACAUGCUGGCUUCAUGCUUCUUCCCAAAUUGCAUCUCUGGGAGUAGAGGCACCUUUUGCAGGGCAACACAACCAGUUUUCCAUAUUUUCCGAGGAGAGAUCGACCUCUUUUCAGCUUCCUAACCUUAAUUAUAGUUAUUUCCUCGGCGGAACGGCAUGCAUUACGACCCUAGAAGAGAGAUGUUUUUGCUGGUUUUCGGGUGGUCUGGUGCAUGGAUUCAAACUAUGGCCUUGACACUCCCUACAUACAUUUACAUUAAACCGAAACAACUAUCAUCAGUUAUAGGUUAAUUUUUCAGUUCCAAAGAGAUUUCCACCGAGACUGGAUUAGCCAAUAUACAUCAAAUAUUGGCUUACAGCUUGUAAUUAUCAAGUAAUCAUU